UUUUUUCUGUUUCAUUUCCACAUCACAUCUUCACACUCAGCAAGUCAGCACAAAUAAAAAAAAACCAAAUAAAAAAAAACCCCCAAUCCAACUUUUUCAGUCUCAACGCUUCAGCUCUCAGCCAUGUCGCACACAAUGCUCAGCAUGAUGGGCAUGGAUCCCAAGGCGGCCGUCGCAGACAUGGAGCAGCAGCGCCAACAGCAAGCACGCCAGUUCCCACCGUGCAUCCGCCUCUCUAUCAACCUCGCCAGCUACCAGAAGGAUGGCAGCUUUGACGUCAAGCAUCUGCUGAAGCGUGCCACCGCCGCCCAAGCCAAGAAGCAGCUCCAGCAACAGCAGCAGCAGCAGCAGCAACAACAACAACAACAAUCCACAACAUCCACAUCGUCAUCCUCACCAUCCGCACCUGGUGCUGCUGCAGGGGCAACGGCGUCCAAAGCCAGUGGCGCGAAAUCGGGAAUUGGCGCCAAAAAGUCGACCAACAAGGCUUCCUCUUCUUCUUCUUCUUCAUCAGCUGCUGCUGCUGCUGCUGCGACAGACAAGUCAGGAGGACAGCGGGGCUCGGGCACGGCAUCCCCCACGGUGGGCACGCUUGGAGUGCAGCGACCUGGCUCGAGCAACAGUGGCGAGAUGGACGAAGCGGGCGGCAAUGGUUCUGAGCGGACGCAGUCAAGCUCGUCGUCGUCGUCGUCGUCAUCGUCGUCCGACGAUUCUGACGGUGAGGAUGAUGACGACGACGAGGAAACGCAGCUCAAGUCCGACGACGAGAACAGCGAGGCCGAGGUCGAAGGCGACGAUGGCGAGGACGAUGAAGACGACGAAGACGAGGAUGACGGCGAGGACGCCUCCAACGAGAGCGAGGACGAUGGUGAUGACGCUGACAACGACGAGGACGACGAUGAGAACGAUGGCGACGACGGCGGCGCCCAAAAUGACAUGAUGAUGCCGGACGCCGACAGCGGCGGCCCGCUCCUCUCCGGCAUGGACUCGGUCAUCCGUAACAUUAUGGAGCGAGAAAAGCAAAAGAAACUCAACGAAGCCAAUGCAGAUCCAGCCUCAAAAAAGAAGAAAAAGAACGCCAAACGCCGCAAUGCCGCGCUUGACGGAGCCAAAAAACACAGCUCGGGCUCUGGCCUGGGAUCUGGCGGUAUUGACGCUGACGCGCUGAGCGACGAGGACACGAACGAUACCCACAUAUCAGGGAAGAAGACCAGCGGAUACGAGUCCUGGUACGAUACGGACGACUCGUGGAUUGACGACUCGGAAGCGCACGACGAACGCACGUAUGGCCAGGUGAAGACCACGGCUGGUGGCUUUUUUAUAGCUUCCGGCGAAGCAGAACUCGCGUCUGGCAAGCGAUACGGAGGUGGGCACGAUGGGGCUGAUGACGACGACGAUGCUGCAGACUUUGCCACCCCGUCCCAGGCCAAGCGACCGUCCAGGCAGAUCGUGUCGGACGACGAAGACGAAAUCGACUGGGACAGCUUCCCGAGUGACAUUUCUUCCCUCCCACCAGCGGUGCAGGACAUUCUGGUUGAAAUGCAAAACUUUGUUGGCACGGGCGACAACUGGUCUUCGAAAAAUUCAAAGUCGGCGAAUGUCACCCAACUCAUUGCCAAGCUCGUGCCGUUGCGCGCGCAGCUGUUGAACGACGAAGGCCAAUACCGGCUGUUGCACCAGCGUCUUCAGGCCAUUUUGCACUCCCAGAUGGCAAGUGUCAAGGCGCGUUUUGCCCGCAUUCAAAAGCGCCAAGUGGAGCUGCAAGGAGGGGCUUUGGCGCGUCCUAUGGAUACAGAGGAUUCUAACGCACCAGACCAACCACGAUCAACUGCACCGGCGAGCGGGGUCGCACUCAGCGUGUCACAGAUGGUUGCCAUGCUUAAACCUAGCGAUGGCUCGCCCUCGGGUUUGUCGCAGACUGCUCCCAUGGCGAUUGACCCGCGUGACGCUGCCGCCCAGCCUUCAACCCAGAAAGCGACCAGCAGUAAGAGCACAACGACAGCGCCACUCGCCCGCAGACCCGGUACAACCACCACUGCUCGGAUGCCGGCGUCAAGUGCGUCCUAUGUUGCCCAGGUGUUCAGCCAGGAGGAUAUCCAAGCCUUCUUGGCUCGUCUUGCCUUGGAUUUUGCCAAGCAGUUUUCGCAUUGCAGCAUUGUCGAGCGACUCCGCCAGCCCGACGCUCCUAGUACAAUCCCGUUUCCCCUGAACAACUAUCCCGAGCUCUUGUCGAUUGUGGAACUGGCAGUGGCUGCUCUUGAUCGCAUCGGCUCUGCUUCUCAAUUACAGGGCAUGUCGCGAGAGAGCUCGUCAGAACAAGCGCGUCGCGAGAUGAAGACCAAUUGGAUUAGCGAGAACCUGAUUACACAAGCGACUGCGUCUUGGAUUCUGUCUGCCGACAACAUGUUGCGCAUGUGUGAGCACCAAAUCCCUGCGGCCGCAGACUUUGAUGCUGCUGUUGCUGCAUCGUUGCAGUCCGGUGGUCAGGCGUCGUCCCAGUCGUCCAACUCUUCCUCGCGCUCCAGCGGUGGCGGUGGCGCGGGUGGAUCCAAGGGUGCCAAACGAUCCGCGUCGUCGGAUGCAGGCAACUCUGCGAGCGUGCCGGCGCCUGCCACCAAAAAAGUGAUUCUCGAAAGCAGUGCACCCUCCUCAGCAGCUCCAAACCAGCAGGCUGUUGCCGCUCCCAUUCCCAUCGUCCCGACCGCACGAAAACCAGCGGAAACCCCCGCAUCGACGGCAGACGCGGCUGCGGACGCAAAGAAAGCUGCGACCGGUUCUGGCGCGAAACCGGCCGCGCGCCCAAUCCAACCGAAAGCACCGGCCGCUCAUGUCUCUGUAGCAACCGCACCGUCCAGUGCAAGUGCAUCGUCGAAGCCUGCAUCUCCAGUCCCAAUGACAACAUCGACAGCAGCUCGUCCCAAGCAACCAACAGGCACGAGCAAUGCUGGCAAGUCGACUGGGAGAACAAGAGCUCCGAGCAAGGAAGCAGUGCCCGCGUCCACUUCUGACAGCCUGAAAGAAAGCUCUGUUCACGUGGAUAAAGGGGUUGUUAUUUUGGAUGACGAUGAUUCCAACCCAGCAAGCGGUGCACCACCGCCUGCACGCACGUCUCUGCCGUCUACAUCCAAAAGAUCCCCGCGAUCGAUGCAAUUCCGCGAGCGUGAUGAUGAUUCUUGAGAGUUGUUUGAUAAACUAGAGGUUUUUUUUUUUUUGGGUUUGUCUGUUUUUGGUUUUU